ACAGGUGCAAUGCAAAGUUUAUGUCAAACGUGUGCGCUGAUUGGUCACUUGUAAUCUAAUGCGGGUAAAUUCGUCGAAUAGCGAGCGCAGUUGGAUCGCGAAGCCCUUGCGAUGCUAAUUUGUUUGCUCGCGAUACUGGAAGAACCGCUCGCAAAGUUUCCGAAUGCCGGUGUCCUAUCCACUCCCAUAGACUGCACUGCUGGCCUACUGGAAGAGACACCAAGGGGAGUGACUGAAUUGCUGUGAUUUAAACAGCUACACCUCGUCCUUUUGCGAAGUUGGUUAAUUAAGUUGAUUCCUCACCAUGGUGCGUGCUUUCAUUGUACUCUCACUGGCAGUGACUUUCUACUUUGCUCUGGAAGCGAAAGCUGAAAAGGAAUGUACCACUGUAUUCAAGGGGUGUAACAUGACUACAGUAGGUCAGCAGUGUACAUGCGGAAAAUCAUGCGAAGAUACAUGGAUGUUUGCUAACGCUAAGCUUUGUCAACGGGCUGUGUUUGGUGAUACUUGUAAGAAGCAUGACUGUCGUAACAAUGGAGUGUGCGUUCAGCAGAAAGAGGGCGCUGUCUGCAAGUGUGCCGGUACUGGUUACUAUGGUGAUCAUUGUGAACAACCUUGCCCUGCUACUGAGGAGAUGAAAAGACUGAAUGCACUACCUACUGCCUGUGUUAUACCAUAAAGAUGAUGAUAGCCACUAUCUUAAUCCUGUCUUCUAUGCAACAAUAAUCUAUCUUGUCUUCCCUCUCUUAAAUGCGGUACUUCAGGCCAAUGGUCUCUCGCAUAUAAUUUGCAUUUCAAUGUGACUUGUGAAAAUUCAAAUGCUACUAAAAUCAAAUGCCAGUUCUUCUUAAGGACUUCAGAUUAGCUUGUUUGAUUAUCCUGAUAUGCAUUUAUUUGCGAGUUCCAUGCACUGGCCCCCUAUGGGCGCAGUCAUAUUUCGCCUACGUUGGCCUCAUGGUGCGUCGAAAACGGCAGUUUUUACCAUUUUUGUACCAGCUUCCUGUAUGUGGUUCGUAUAGAAAUUAGUAAGAUGGCUGUUCUCGACUCACUGUGGGGAUACUGUAGGGGAAAUGUGACUGCACCAUAAGUCAUUUGAAUACACACAUGUAGUUUGUACUUUUUGAAAACAAUCUAUUCAAGUUUUUAUGUACUAUGUACAUGUUAGUGGUUCUAGUCUUAAACAGUAUUUUUUCACCCAAAAGUAUUGUCUAUCCCACCAUUAUUUACACUGCACUGUAGAGUGAUUUGGUAUUAGUAACAUUUUGUAUUUGUCAUCGAAAACCUACCAAUAGGUCCAUGCAUAAUCGACUAACACAAGUCAAAGAAGAGAAAUUCAAUUUUCGAUUUAUCCUUUCAGUUUAUGUUGUUGAGUAUCAUUGAAAAAUGGUACAUAAUAUAUAAAAAGAAAGUUUAUUGACCAGACAUUCAUGUGGAAUGUUUUUUGUAGUUAAGCAUGAGCAUUUUACUGUGAAAUGGAUAUGUGUCAUAAAUAUAUUGCCAUAAUUUUUUAUAUAUUUGUCCAUACACAGUUCUUUGCAAGUGGCAAUCAUGUGAUCAGAUUCCAUCUUUAUAAUAGUGAAAAGUAAAGAAACGCACCUUGGGCCCGUUGCAUAAAACUUUCAUAAAACUUUUGCCAUAAAAAAACUCUGGCAAAUAAGCGAAAACUCUGGCAAACAAAAUUAUGCCAUUGAAAAUUACACAUUUAAAAACUCUGGCAAAAAAUUUGCCAUUUUUUUUAUGGCAAAAGUUUUAUGCAACAGGACCCUUGUGUCAUUAUAUUUGCUUAAUAUAGAUUCUAGAAUAAGCAUGAAUUCAUGACCUAAACAUUUUAACAGUAAUGACUGGAAGGAGUUUCAUUGCAUCACCCUCUAACAAUAUUUUGGAUAACAUUCAUGUUGGUGCUACAUGUCAUGUAUAUGAUUUUUUUUGUUUAUAUCUGUUACACGGUACACCUAUCAUGUACUUGUACGUCUGUUGUUGAAACAGAAAUUGUGAUAAUAAUCUGCAAACAUUUAGUUGGUUACAUUAUUUACAAUGUAAUGAGUUAUAUAAAAUGUGUAGUUUUUCUUUUACAUUAUUAUGGUGCUAUUAUAUUCAAUGUUGCAUUAUUCAUCUUCAUUUUCAUCUCAUUACCAAUCAUGACAUUUUAAUACAUUCAUUUGUUCAAAUUGAGGGAUUAAUUACAUUUCUUUAUGCCAUUGUAACAUGACCGCAGACAUAUUUUUGUAAAUGAUUUUCUUUCCAGUUUUUAUCAUAUGCACUACAAAGAUGCAAUAGAGUACCGAAGUGUGACGUCAGGGGAUGUCAGUUGCCAUGGUGUCAUGGCGGGCUGGUUCUAAACAGAGUCGCAGCUGACGGUUGUCUGUACACAUUGGCUCGUCUGAAAAAUAGGUUGCAAGCGAUCAAAUUCCGAUAGCAGACAUUUUCUCCUAUGAGAAACAUGCUUUCAUUUGUUUAAAACCAGGCCGCCAUGACACCAUGGCAACCGACUUCAUCGCUUCGGUACUCUAUUAUUGCUGACUUAUAUGUCAGUUUUGCUUUUUAGAAUUACUUUUUAUAAGUAUACAAUGUAAAUAUUUGUGUCUUACAAUUUAGCUUUCACUAUGUAUAUCAUUUGCAUUAUUAUUCACACCUUAUCUCAAUUUGAAUAUUUAUUGAUAUAGUUUUGCUUUUUAGUUUGUAUAUUAAAUUCACUUGUAUUUAACUUAA